UUGAUGCCAGAAGGAAUGAAGACUGCUGCAAAAUUUAAUUAGACACCUCUUGGAUUUGUUUGAUCUGAUAUAUUAUAAGAACAAAGGAGGUUCAAGAAUAUUUAUCACAGAUCUUGAAAAAAUCUUCUGUUUACUUAUAUAAAAUAACAGAACAGACUAAGAUAAUGAGUGAGUGGUCUGCAAUUGCUCAUGAAUAUGACCCUCUUGCUGCUGGAAGUAUAGAUGGCACAGACACUGAGCCACAUGACCGAGCAGUAUGGAGGGCAAUGAAUGCUCAUUAUGUGCCCCCUGACACACAGUCUAAACCAGAACACACAUUAUUUGUUGGUCGUUUGCCUCGUAGUCUUGGGGAGGAACAGUUGUCUGAAAAAUUCUCUAGAUUUGGUGCACUUCAAAGUGUUCACUUAAUAAGAGAUAUUGUAACUGGCCAGAGUCGAGGAUAUGGCUUUGUGGAAUUUCGGCGUGAAUGUGAUGCAGCAUGUGCUUUCAGAGAGAGUAAUGGUUUUGAAAUCGAUGGUCGCCAAAUAAUAGUAGACUGGGAAGUUGGACAUAAAAUGAAGGGCUGGAUUCCAAGGAGAUUAGGAGGAGGGUGGGGAGGUCGAAAAGAGGCUGGUCAACUUAGAUUUGGGUGUCGUGAUCGUCUGUGGAGGAAGCCUAUUAUCAUACAUCCUCAGCAACCCCCAGAAAAUAUAGCAACUGAUAAUAGGCAUCGAGAUGGUAAUAGUUUUUCUGAUAGGCGAAGACAUAGGGAUAGAAGUAUGCCAGGUGACAGAAAUAGUAGUAGUAGCCAACAUAAGCGACGUGAUGAAGGGACCCGUGAAAGAGAGAGAUUUUAUGAUCGUAGAAGAAGCAGGAGCCGUGAAAGAAGUGGCAAUUCCUCCCAACACAGAGAUGGUCGCAAAGGAAGACAUGUUUCAUGAGAAAUUUGAACUUUAACACUUUAGUUCUUGAUUGCAAAUAAUGUCCUGAUCUUGAAAGGUCAUAAUAAUUUGUAUUUUUCCUGUUAAUUUUUAUCUGAAUCAUGUUAUUCCAUCAUUAUGUGGCAAUCAUAAUGUUCAAUUACAAUUAAUCCCUACUCAAACCUGGCCUUGGGCCUGGCUUGGGGAGUAGAACAACUCCCAGAACCCCAUCAAGCAGGUUCUGUCAUCUGACAUUGUCCACACUUCAUAAAAUUAAAGGAUAUUUGUUAUGUUUGAAUCAUAGGAGCAGCCAAGUGUUUGCUUUUCAUAAUAAAUAUCAAACUAUAAAUGACUUGGAAAUAUAUGGUCAUAUUUUAUGAUCAGUAUUUAAAAUAAAACAAAAAACUCCAGACUAUAUAUCAAGAACCCUUAGGUUUAUUUUUAUUUUACACUGUUCAGGAACUAAAGUGGAUCAUAUAAUACUAUUGUAUAUUAGACAAAGUUUUAAUAUUUCAGUAUUAUCUCCACAUCUGAAAUGAGGGUGCUAUUUGCUACGAGAUUUAUAAGACAUGUUGCAGCUUUUGAAUCCCUAUUUGCCUCCCCAUGACUGGUGUAAACCUCGGUUCAUGUUUAGCGAGUCAUUAAUAACCAGCUCAAGUUGUGUGGCUAGCUUCCUACAAAGAAUGCAGGGAGAUUUAUAAUUAAAACUUACAAAACCCAUUAUUGGUGUUUUGGAAAUUUAAGUAAUUGCAUGAGAGUUGAUGUUUACACAAAUGCCCAAAAUAUUGCCUGCUGUAUUCACUUAGAUGUGUACAUACAGUAUUAUUUUGUGACGCAAAUUAAACUAAUAUUCUUGCUAUUGGUAAUUCAAAGAAACCCCCCAUUGUUUGGGUCUUUGUUUAAAAUUUGUAUUGUUAAUCAAGUUGGCAGUGCCAGGUGAAGAUGAAACUUGCUGUUUUGACUAUCUUCAUGAAAUGUUACAGCAUGUAAAUGAUGUGAAAUUUAUUCAAAUAAAGUGUACUAGAGAUUA